AUGUCCUCGCCCUCGGACUUGACGGUGCCCUCCCCUGCCGACUUUCACGUGCACCUUCGCCAAGCGCCCUUGACGUCUCUACUGGUGCCCCAUGUCCGGGAAGGAGGUUUCGAUUUGGCCUACGUCAUGCCCAAUCUGACUCCUCCCUUGACCCUACCAUCGCACACCGUAGCUUAUCUACAACAUCUACGCUCCCUAGAUCCACGCACACAUUUUCUCGGCACGCUUUACCUUUCGCCUGCACUCACACCUCGGCUCAUCGAGGAAGCGGCACAGGCUGGUAUAGUGGGCGUGAAGAGCUAUCCUAGAGGCGUCACUACCAAUUCGGAUGGGGGUAUCGAGAAUUAUGAAGUGUACUACGAGGUGUUUGAGGAGAUGGAGAAGCAGAACAUGAUCCUCAACCUGCACGGAGAGGUGCCCAGCGAUCAUGCAAACGUGAGGGUAGCGCUAUGA